AUGCAUCUCAUUCUUACAGGUGCCACCGGCCUAGUCGGCUCGUCCGUCCUUGACGCGAUGCUGAAAAACACCACCAUCUCCAAGAUCUCGAUUCUCAGUCGCCGACCUGUGCCAAUGGCAGAUGAUGCAAAGGACCCCCGGGUCCGCGUCAUCAUGCACAAAGACUUCGAAUCAUACAAGCCAGAGCUCCUUGAUCAACUAAAAGACGCUGACGGAUGUGUAUGGGCCCUUGGAACGAGUCAGAUGAACGUCACACAAGAACAAUAUGUCAAGAUAACCAAGGACUAUGCUCUUGCUGCCGCUGAAGCAUUCUCUACUCUCAAGGCCUCAAAGUCGGAUUCUCCUUUCAGAUUUGUCCAUGUAUCUGGGGAAGGAGCAACUCAAACCCCAGGAAGAUUCUCCGCAAUCUUCGCCAGGACAAAGGGCGAAACUGAACAGCUUCUCGGCGAACUCUCAGAGAAACACAAGGGACUCAUCCAGGUCGACAGCGUGAGACCGGCUUUCGUUGAUGCAGCCGCACACAAUGCUAUCAAGCCUUAUAUCCCCUCCGCUACUGGAAUCAGCGCUACUGCCGCUAAGGUUGGGAUCGCCUUGAUGGCUCCAGGUAUUCGCUGUCUGUGGAAAUCGAUGCAUUCUCCAACCGAUAAAUUAGGACCAUUUUUGACUGAUGUGGCGAUGGGAAAGAUGGAUACGAAAAUUCAAGGCCCGGGCGCAUUCAGACUUGGGGGUGGUUGGGUGAUCGAGAAUGCUGGUAUGCGAAGAAUGCUGGGAUUGUGA